CUCGAGGCGGGCGCUGGGAGGUGGCGGGAGCGGGAAGGCUGCCACGGAGACGGGCUGACUGCUGAGGUGGCUGCAGAGCAGGAGCCAGAGCCGGGCCACCGCCUCGCGCCCCGCCAUGGCGCCCACCCUGGCCACUGCCCAUCGGCGCCGCUGGUGGAUGGCCUGCACGGCCGUGGUGGAAAACCUCCUCUUCUCAGCGGUCCUCCUGGGCUGGGGCUCGCUGCUGAUCAUGCUCAAGUCAGAGGGCUUUUACUCCUACCUGUGUACCGAGCCAGAGAAUGUCACCAACAGCUCAGAGGGGGGCACAGCGCUACCAGAGCUAGAGGAGGUGAGCUGGAUAAAUGGCUGGCUCAGCUGCCAGGCCCAGGACGAGAUGCUGAACUUGGCUUUCACCGUGGGCUCCUUCCUGCUCAGUGCCAUCACCCUGCCCCUGGGCAUCGUCAUGGACAAAUACGGCCCCAGGAAGCUCCGGCUGCUGGGCAGUGCCUGCUUUGCUGUCUCCUGCCUGAUGAUUGCCUAUGGCGCCAGUAACCCGGACUCCCUGUCUGUGCUCAUCUUCAUCGCCCUGUCUCUGAAUGGCUUUGGUGGGAUGUGCAUGACUUUCACCUCACUGACGCUGCCCAACAUGUUCGGCGACCUUCGCUCCACCUUUAUUUCCCUGAUGAUUGGCUCCUAUGCUUCUUCGGCCGUCACCUUCCCAGGAAUCAAGGUCAUCUACGAUUUCGGGGUCUCCUUCAUCAUCAUCCUUGUGGUCUGGGCCAGCUGCUCCGGACUGGUUUUCUUCAACUGCUUCUUUAACUGGCCCCUAGAGCCCUUCCCGGGGCCGGAAGACAUGGACUACACGGUGAAGAUCAAGUUCAGCUGGCUGGGUUUUGACCACAAGAUCACCGGGAAGCAGUUCUACAAGCAGGUGACCACAGUGGGCCGGCGCUUAAGUGUGGGCAGCUCCAUGCGGGGCGCCAAGGAGCAGGCAUCGCUGCAGGACGGCCACAAGCUGUGCCUGUCCACUGUUGACCUGGAGGUGAAGUGCCAGCCCGAUGCCGCAGCGGCCCCCUCGUUCAUGCACAGCGUGUUCAGCCCCAUCCUGCUGCUCAGCCUCGUCACCAUGUGCGUCACACAGCUGCGGCUCAUCUUCUACAUGGGCGCCAUGAACAACAUCCUCAAGUUCCUGGUCAGCGGCGACCAGGACGUAGUGAUGGCCACUGUUGGCCUCUACACAUCCAUCUUCGGCGUGCUCCAGCUGCUGUGUCUACUGACGGCCCCCAUCAUCGGCUACAUCAUGGACUGGAGAAUGAAGGAGUGUGAAGACGGCUCUGAGGAGUCUGAUGAGAAAGACACUAACCAAAACCCGGAUAAGAAGAAGCGGGACCGGCAGGUCCAGAAGGUCACCAACGCCAUGCGAGCCUUCGCCUUCACAAAUGUGCUGCUUGUGGGCUUUGGGGUGACCUGUCUCAUUCCCAACCUGCCUCUCCAGAUCCUCUCCUUCAUCCUGCACACCAUCGUGCGAGGCUUCAUCCACUCCUCCAUCGGAGGCCUGUAUGCUGCUGUGUACCCCUCCACACAGUUCGGCAGUCUCACAGGUCUGCAGUCUCUGGUCAGUGCCCUCUUCGCCCUCCUGCAGCAGCCCCUGUUUCUGGCCAUGAUGGGUCCCCUCCAGGGCGACCCUCUGUGGGUCAACGUGGGGCUCCUGGGCCUGAGCAUGCUGGGCUUCUGCCUCCCGCUCUACCUCAUCUGCUACCGGCGCCAGCUGGAGCGGCAGCUGCAGCAGAAGAGGGAGAACGACAAGCUUUUCAUGAAGAUCAACGGUUCAUCCAACCAGGAGGCCUUUGUCUAGCACCUCCCCGGGGCCUCCUACCCCUGCUCCGGGGUGACUGACUCUUGUCCUCCGCC